UAGAAAAGAACGGUCGCAUUGCGUGGGUGUUGUGGAAAUGUGACAGUUGUCGUGUUAAUUGAGACUCUUUCAUUAGUUUUCUGAGCUUGUAACGGAUAUUCCACGAAUCUUAUUCAUCCGACGUCUACACGCAAUCUAAAAUCAAACUAACACUGAUAAAAUUAGCACUGAUGGACAGUUACAUAAUUCAUUUAUUGAAGGAAUUAGAUAUUGGAAGUGGUAAACUGAGGAAACUUUUGCCCAAGACCACAAGGGCUUAUUUCAGAAGCAUCUAAUGCUUGGCAUAUGCCAAUAUAACGAAAUGUUGUGAUAAGAAGAAAGUGUGCUGGUAUUGUACGACUAAAGGACAGGCAGAUUGUCCCAGCAAAAGCAGAGGAACUACUCCCCAUGACAUCCGCAUGUCCAGAUCAUAUGAGAAUGAUUCAGGUUUGAACAGAAAAAAAACUGAGUACAGGGUUGGGUUGGGUUGGUUUGACGACCGGUAUACGAUGAUUAUUUUAUCUUCGCUCGUGACACGGAUUGUGGAAGAAUCAAUACAUUGUCUGUGCAGAGAGAGAAUUAAAAACUGUAUUGGAAUUAUUGCAGUACUGAGCCAGACUUUGAAUGAUGAGAAUAUUAGUAUUGGGAAUGGAUGCGAAUUCAAAAUCGCCUAUGUACUGUGAUAAUUGCAAUUUUAGUGAAUAAUUUGUCUUCUAAUUUUCUUGCUCUGUGCGAAAAUAUCUAAGACAUUGCAAAAUUGAUCAUUGUCCUUCACCUUCUCUCGAUAGACACUUGGUAUGCAAAGUCAAUUCAACCGUUGAUCAGUUAUUCUACCUGAGCCAGGUUUAAAUUUUAUUCAUCAUUUCACCUUAUUCAUCAUGAAGAAGUUAAGUCUUCUAUCUCGUAUUCAUUAUUUGCAGACCACAAACUUCUAAAGCCAUUUCCUUGACUGUUUCGUUCUUUUUCCCAUCUUCGUUCCAGAAGAUGAGAUGAAUGGCAUACGUAGCAUGCCAUUCAUUGUUGUGUUGCAUGCGGAAAGAUAGGGAAUAGUGAAGAGGCGUUAUGACUCGUUGGUUUGUUGCAUCAACUACCGGUGUUGCGAGACGCACGUUACAGCCGUCGAAUAACUGUAGGAUUUUGUAGGGGUGUGGGGGCGUCUGGGCGGUUUAUCGAUCGAAUUUGGCGGCGGCGCCGUGACGUUUUGGUCGCUUUCGUGGCGGCCACCGUACGGACGUACGGGAGGCGGCAUUUGACAGCUAAGUGUUCCGCUGUGCGGCGGCAGUUAAACAUGGCACCAGCUCCGUGAAUUCCGCGUUAGUGUUUUGCAAGAGUUCGGCGGUGUUUCCGACUGGUACAUCGUUCCCGUUUGAUUGUUUUGGUCAUCCGAUAGGACGUGACGAUUGAGUACGACGCAACAACGACGAUUCAAUCUGGAAUUUAGUCGCUAAAAGAUUUAGAAAACAACAUCUUGACGCGGAUUUCGUUUGGAAACCGAAGGACUCAGAUGACUUGAUGGCAGCAUUACGACAUCUACCAUGAGCCCCACGAAGACGGAAAAUAGGCGAAGUUGCGUGCGGCCACCGCACUUUGAUAUAUUAUGGCUACCAAGAGCAGCAAUGAGAUCCGUGGAAGGAGACCCAUCCGAUUGCAUUCUUGUAGUCGGUGUUUCCAGACCAAAAAUGGCAGCCUGCAUCUUAGCCGUCAUGCUCCUUUCAAUAUUCUUCACUCUUCACCUGAUCUAUGAUAGUGCUUUACAUACCUUUCAAGCAACUAACGAAAGUCCCGUCGGAGUGAUAGCUGUCGACGCUUCUGUUGAUAUUGUUCCCGAUCGUAAUUCUCCACCGUUACUUUUACUGUCCAAUAGACCUUACCCAAAACCUGCCCAAAGAUUACCUCAAGCAAUUAUCAUUGGGGUUAGAAAAUGUGGCACUAGAGCCCUUCUGGAAAUGCUUUACCUCCAUCCGAUGAUUCAAAAAGCUGCCGGGGAAGUACAUUUUUUCGACCGAGAUGAAAAUUACAAUAGAGGAUUGGAUUGGUACAGAAUGAAAAUGCCACAUUCUUACGAUGGACAAAUUACAAUUGAGAAAAGUCCUAGUUAUUUCGUGACACCAGAGGUUCCCGAAAGAAUAAGGGCAAUGAACGCAAGUGUAAGAUUAUUGUUAAUUGUACGAGAACCAGUCACGAGAGCCAUCUCGGAUUAUACCCAGUUACGUGCCCAUGCUGCCUCAUCAACUCCUGCCAGCAUUUUACCAACACCUUCACCUAAAACUUUCGAACAACUUUCUCUACACUCAAACGGAACAAUAAACGAAGCUUAUAAACCUUUAGCGAUUUCAGUUUAUCACAAUUACGUUCAUCGAUGGUUGGAAGUGUUUUCCAGGGAACAGAUUUUAGUGGUAAAUGGUGACUCUCUAAUUGAAGAUCCGGUUCCUCAAUUACAAAGAAUAGAAAAGUUUCUGGGUCUUGAGCCGCAUAUUGGCAAUCAUAACUUCUACUUCAACGAAACAAAGGGGUUUUAUUGUCUGCGGAACGAGACCAGUGACAGGUGUUUGAGGGAAACAAAGGGGAGAAGACAUCCGAGAGUCGAUCCGAAUAUCGUAGCGAAAUUGCGGAAGUACUAUGGGGAACACAACCAGAAGUUCUACGAACUUAUCGGCGAGGACUUAGGCUGGCCCGAAGAGUAGUAGAUUAUGAUGGAAUAUAGUUUUAGGGCUUUGUUUCAUCCUAGCGGGAUUACGCGAGUUUGACGACGUAAUGUAUACUACUUUUAAAACCGGGUCGAAUGAUUUAUUUUGUUUAUUUUCGCGUUUCGUCGCCGGCAACCGGCACAGAAAACUUUGGGGCUGUAGUAAUACAGAUUUUCACGUAAUCCAGUUUGUGUCUUAACCUUUACAGAAACUUGGAGCUUUGGAAACUUUUCAGUUUAGUUUCGACGAUUUCAUGAAAGUUGAACACAAAAUACCAAAACUUUUAAUUAAUUAACUUGAAAUAUUUUUCAUGAAAUAUAAUUUCGUAUAUUUUAUAUAAAAAUCAAUAAUACGACUUAAAAUGUAAAAGUUUCUAAGAAAUGUAUUUUAAUCUACGCUAUUUUACUGAAAUGGAAUUGCGCUAAUUUUCACGCCUAGCAAAUCUAUUAACAUUUUAGAUCGCUUCCACGUAUCUCUCAUGUAUUAUGUAUUCAUGGAAACCAAGGGGUUUCAUAGAAAACGUCCAUAUUCUAGCAAAAAUGUACGCCUUCUUACUAUUUGUUUCCUUUUUCGAGAAUUUGUCGUCGUGCUAUACAAAAGGAACGUAUAUAAAUUUAUUUUAUGGGUACCCAAAGCUCCUUAAUCUUUUGCAAUUUUACACUGGAAAAAUUUCUUGGAAACAUUGAAUUUUACUAAACAGCAACGACACAAUCGAUUUAAUUUUUAAAACAUAUUUUGUUGGUUAUGAUUUGAUCAGAUAAAACGUGAUAAAAGACCUCUAAAUUCUUUGUGCCGGAUAGCCGAAGCGUCGAUCUGCCUUUCAACUUUUCCCCAAGCUUUAGUAGUUUUAUUUCGGAUAUCUCUCUUCUGUCCGUGUGUGCUUAGGAAAGCCUCCUGAGCGAUGCCCGCCUUGCGUACGUGAAUGUGCUGAAUUUCGGGCGCAUUUCCUCCGGGCAAACUUCGGAGGGUUUAUUCUGUUUGCGAGAUUUCAACUGAAAAGGGGGAUGAAAAUGAAAUUGUAUUACAAUGGGCGAUAUGACAAAUUUAGUUUUGGGACGUGAACAAGAUAUAAAACCAUACAGUUAUUAAACUGUUCAAAUAAUUUCUUAAAGUUGAUGUCGUUCAGGAUAGAUACAUUUUAUUUCAAUACUUUAAAAUUAAAUUAACUCAAUAGUGAGAGAAGCACAACGGUGCACUAUUUGCUCAAUCCUACAGAAACUGUUUAAAAAAAAUGUGUGAUGACACGUCGUUGUGUAGGUUAACUAUUUGCCCCAACUUCUGGGCGCACAAGAAUACCAAAUACAUAUCAUCGUACAUAUCAAAAAUGAGCUGUUAAUCGUAGAACAAAAUUUAAAAAAAAACGAUACUAAACACGUUAUUUUAAGAGAUGUUAUAAAAACUUCUAUAUAAAAUCUACGACGUAUACAAAUAAAGACGAAUUUGUUUAUACAAUAUAGUCAUAAUAUACAAAAAAAAACAGUGUACGUGAAAAAGAAAGUGACGUUUUUGUAUGUAUCUUUACCAAAGUCUUUUAACUUAAUUAAUGAAAAAAAAAAUUGUGGACCCGGUAUUUCGUUAGAUCAUAUUGAUCGUGCCUUGAAGUUUAUUUUACAAUUCGGUAAUCCACAUUGGAGGUUGUUGAUAUUAUGGCAUUUCUGCGAUAUGUACCGCCCACACUUUGGAUUGUUAUUUCAAGAUAUCCUCGUCUAAACACUUUUUUUUCGCCACUUGUGGUUUAUAUUGCUGUGUAUUAAACCCGGCGUGUGCUGAAUUGCGCCAGUAUCGCAAAGUUUUUAUUCAAAUUACGUAUGUUUUAUGCAUUCGCCGGAUUUGCACGAAUACAUUUAGGCCGCGGGCAAAAAUCGCUCGCGAGCUUUCAAUGCAAAUAGGUCUGUUUUUCAAAGGAAAUGCAAAGGUCAAUUUGGAAACUCACGAAACUAAAUCCGUAAAAAUAACCCCAACAACACAAAAAACCAACACUUUAAAUAACACUGACUACGAAAUGACAAUAACUCCUAAUAAAAUUAUUAACCUGUCGUUUUGAAUAUUUUCAAAUUGACUUUUGUUGAUUAAAAUAACUAAUUGGAUCUAAUUUUUUAACUUAAUACUUGAAUUUGUAGUAAUAAUUUAGUAAGACCAAUAUAUUGAAUAACACCAAGAAAGACAUCGAAGACGUAUAUAGCUCAAAAUCUUACACCAUCUUGGUCUAUCAUUAAUGAAUCAAUAUAUAAUCUACCUAAUGUUUAUUACAUAUCGCAGAAAUUGCAUUCAUAUACUUAAAUCUCCCUUAAGAUACCACAGAGAUAAUUACAACGACAAGCCAUAGCUUGUCAGCAAACAAUUUUAUAAACCAUUUCUAAAGGAUUAUAUUAGACGUUACACUAUACAAACAUUUAUAAAUUUAAAUGAAGCAAUAGAUUCAUUUUUAAAGUCCCAAUUAGUGAAAUUAGUUAAUAUUAUACGCGACCCAUCGGUAGAUAAAUGAUAUAUCAUUUCGAAGGGUGUAGUAGACAAAUGAAUCUGAAAUGAACGCAGGUUUA